CAGAUUAGUCAGAGGGGCGUGCUCCCAGAAAGUCAGCCCUUUCACACCAGCAGGGACACUGUUCACCCACGGAGACUCACCAUGGCUUCAGCUCUGCACCGCACACCCGUUUUGUUGUGUUUUAUUCAUUUGUCGUUAUUGUUUGCGAGUGUGUUAUGCGACGCUGAAGCAGAGGAAGAUGAGCAUGCCAAGCACACGUACACGGUGGAUAUGUUCAACGAGGCGGUGCCCACUGCACCCCACUUUGUCAUGUUUUACGCUCCGUGGUGCGGCCAUUGCCAGAGGUUACAGCCGACUUGGAAUGAGCUGGCAGACAAAUACAACAGCAUGGACGACCCCCCGGUGUACGUGGUGAAAGUAGACUGUGUCCAGGACACCAAAUUCUGCUCCAAUGUCCACAGUGUUAGAGGCUACCCUACACUCAAGUUGUUUAAGCCUGAGCAGGAAGCAGUAAAGUACCAGGGACCCAGAGAUCUGCAGUCUCUUGAGACCUGGAUGCUGAAGACACUCCAAGAGGAGCCUUCGGAACCAGAGACUGAACUGGAGCCUCCUAAAGCCCCGGAGCCCAAACAGGGAAUGUAUGAGCUCACUGCCCACAAUUUCAAGGCCCACGUAGCCAAAGGCGCCCAUUUUAUUAAGUUCUUUGCACCCUGGUGCGGCCACUGCAAAGCCAUGGCCCCGACGUGGGAACAGCUGGCCACCACCUUUGAGCACUCUGACGAUGUGAAGAUAGGAAAGGUGGACUGUACUCAGCACUAUGAGGUGUGCUCUGAGAAUGGUGUGAGGGGAUAUCCCACACUGCUCUUCUUCUACAACGGACAGAAGGCAGAGCAGUAUAAAGGAAAAAGAGACCUGGACUCCUUCAAGGAGUUUGUGGACAACCAGCUGAAGGCUGCACUCACUGAGGAGCAAGAGAAGGAGGAGCCAGAGGAGCUGAAGGAGGAGCCAAAUGCAAAUGAGAUCCCUACUGAUGAGCCAGCUGAAGAGGAAGCAAAGUCCGGUGUUUUGGUCCUGAAUGAGGACAACUUUGAGGAGACGAUAUCCAAAGGAUUCACCUUCGUCAAAUUCUACGCUCCAUGGUGUGGUCACUGUAAGAAUCUUGCUCCAACAUGGGAAGAUCUUUCCAAGAAGGAAUUUCCUGGUCUCACUGAUGUCAAGAUUGCUAAAGUGGACUGCACUGUUGAGCGCACACUCUGCAACAAGUACUCUGUGCGUGGUUACCCCACCUUGAUCAUCUUCAGGGCGGGGCAUCUAGGAGACGAGUAUCACGGCGGGCGGGAUUUGGAGAACCUGCACAGCUUUGUGAUGAUGCAGGCGAGAGACGAGCUGUAGAAACGGGCAAAUCGGCAGUCUUUCUCUCCUCUCUCCCUCCCCACAGCUGUUCGCCCACACUGCACGUCUGGCCAGUAGGACACCACUCUGUCUCCUACAGAAGCCAGACCCCUCUCUGUCUCUCCCCCCACUCGGUCGGUCAGCCAAUGACAGGCUGGCGCUGUCAGCUCUUUCUUCGGUAUUCAAGUACAGAAUCAUUCGGUAGGAGUGUUUGGAAGGUGAAUGUAUUUCUUAUUGCUCUCGCCCAACCUUAAACCAUGUGGAGAUGGGUUGGGUCUGGAGAUGAAGUAACGAACCACUUUUUUAAGCACUGCUCAGAACCAGAACUCUUCACAAGAAUACAAAAAAUGUUUAUUAAAACGGUGGCACUAAAGUUUCUACUUUUUUCUUCUUUUUUUUUUUUUAAAUCAACUGUUUCUGAUGUCUCUAUCCAUUUAUUUUUCUCUCUCAAUGCUAAAUUGUAUACAUGAAAUCUGUUUUUAUAUCCUGAGCCAUUGACUUUGAGUUGCUGUCACUCAAAUGGCUGUAAAAGUUGUGACACUCCAAUGUGAAGUAGUGUUAAGUUGAGGGUGCUUCAUCAUUGUGCCAGCGAUGGCCUGUCUGACUUCACUCUCAGGGAAGCAACCACAUAGACUAGGAGAAGUUGUGAUGGAGGCGUCAGUGAUUUCAGAGUCUGAUAAUUGCUCCUGUUAGUCAUGAUGACCAGAUUCUGACCGUUUAUUUCAAGUAAAGGUAAAAGAUCUCCAUGAUCGACCGUCCCUCUCUACUCCUCCUAGCAUCUGGAGUCUUAGGCCGUGCUGCCCCAUCUGUCUGUGACUGAUCUUUUUUUUUUAAUUAUUACUGCGUCUGAUUGGACAGCCCAUCUUUGGUGCGAAAUCACCCUGAGAUCAUCCCUCGUUGAUGUUAAAACAUGUGAAUCUCUGUAUUCUUGGAAUGUUAAUGUUGGAAGGAUUUAGGAACCCGGAGGUGGACAAAGACAUGACAGCAGGGUCACUCACUGUCACUGAGAUCUCCUGCUCAGGGUGCCAUGUCCACGUUCACACCACGAUUGCUGUUUAUUAUUACCUUAGUGAGAAGAACAGUGCAGCAGGAUGAUGUUGACCUUUGGACACUGGACUGUAUAAAGAGGAUGCUGGGGGUCUGAUCACAGCUAACCAUUGAAAAUGGGCUGGAACUGGUCGAAGGCUAAAAACAAAUGUCGGUCAAACCUGAGUGAAAAAGCAUUUGCAGUUUUUCAGCACACCUUCCUGUGAUUAACCAUCAUGUUGUAAACUGCACCCACCUGUUAUGCAAACGCUCUUUGACCCAGGUUAUGUGGAAAGCAUGUGUCGUGUGAUGCAGGGCACCAUUUAUUGUAUAACCCAGGUACUCAAACAGUCUGAGACACAGCGGUUUUUUCCUCAGUAAAAGGUUUUUAUGGAUAGCACAUGGUCUAAGCAACUCCAGUGACAGUCUUUUUUUUUUGCUUUUCAUGGGUCAUAGUUUGUGCACUACCCACAGAUUUUGUACAAAAAGAGUGAAUAAAUGGCAAAAAUGUAACAUGAGAUUUCAUAAUAAAUUUUUCUCAAAAAUAA